AUGUCUGAAGGCCUCACGCGCCGACGCGGUGCAGGGGCCUCGUCGUCUAACAACGCUGGCGGAUCGUCAGCAGGCGUCUCUCCCGCCCCUUCAUCCAGCGCUCAGCGCAGCAGUUCGUUCGGUGGCGGUUCGGCGGUCGAGGGUCGGCCGAGAGUCGCAUACGACCCUCGAGACUUCAGCGAUGACAACGAGACGAAGAAGGUGCCCCGCCUGACUCUGAUGGAGGAGGUCCUCCUGCUGGGCCUGAAGGACAAGGCUGGAUACCUCUCGUUCUGGAACGACAAUAUCUCGUAUGCCCUUCGUGGCUGUAUCCUUAUCGAGUUGGCGUUACGGAGAAGGAUCGCUGUGGUUCGAGACCCGUCGCGUCGUCGGCUGGCACUCGCAGACCGCCUGAUCGAGGUUAUUGACGAUCGCCAAACUGGAGAGACCAUCCUUGACGAGGCUCUGAAGAUGAUUAAGAGCAGCGAGAAGUAUGGUGCCGGGGCUUGGGUGGACCUGAUGAGCGGUAGGUGUGCUUCGUCGAUGCCCGAGCUGACAGAUCCAGGUGAGACAUGGAACGUGAUGAAGAUUGGAUACCAGCUCAAGCAAGUUCGUGAGCGAUUGGCGAAGGGUCUCGUCGAUAAGGGUGUGCUUCGGACAGAGAAGCGAAACUUCCUGCUCUUCGAUAUGGCGACCCAUCCUAUUGCCGACAUGAACGCCAAGGACGACGUUCUCCGGAGGUGCCUCACGCUUCUGACGGCUCGCACUGCUGCUGUUCCUCCCCAAGCUCUUCACAAGGAGGGAAUCCAGUACCGUGUACUCGAGAAUGCGCUUCAGCGUCUUUCCUACGACUCGCGCGAGGCGGCUUUCAUGCGAUGCGACGAGAUCCUCGCCGAGUUCUCGACCUGGCCCUUCGGCAUCGGGACAUCGAACUCAUCCGGUCCCGUCAACAUUGGGGGAGGAUCAAAACGCCGCGACGGCGGUAGUGGCAUCGGUCGCGAAAGUGUCCAGGAGCUCGUCCGGGAAGUGCGCAAGGAGAUGGCGAGCGACGCCCGGGGUGCCGGCUCGGGCGGAGAUGAGCCGGAAGACCUUUGCUUCGAGGUCGUCGCCACCGUGCUCGAGAUUUUCAGUCGCAUGGACAGCCUCUUGGUCUGA